UUUAGGAAAUGAAACAAAGUUCAGGUAUAUCAUUCUCAAUAAUUGCAUUGUGAUGAAUAAUUAAUAUCUAUCUUUGCGAAGACGACGUAGAGUUGUGCUUUCGUAGACGCAAAGACUGAGUAGACACGGAUCGUCGGUCUUGUACUUCAACAUGUCAAAAACACCCGGCUAAAAUCAGUGGGGAACAAAAUAUAAACAGAAAAAACAUCAUGGAAAUGCUACGAUCGUUAUCUCUGUGGUCCAAUUACAACUUAUCGUGCUUAUUUUGUUUUAUUGUACUCGUAUUGAAUACCUGUCCGCUUGUUUAUAGCGGCAAGAACUCAACAGUAUCCGAAUGUCAUUGUAACUCUUCAAUAACUGGUUGUAACUGUACAGAGGGCACAAAUAACUGUACAACUGGAUUUGAUUUUGUGAAUGGAACUUGCGUCAAGUGUGUUUGCAAUUCUACAAAAAUGCAAACCGACUGUAAUUGUUCGUCUGGAUCUGAGCCAGAAAACAAGCUCACAUGCCUCCCAGGACAAUUUUUGUCAACUUCAAGUCACAAAUGUGAAAACUGUAGUUGUAAUGUACAUACAAGUUUGAACAAUAAUUGCAGCAACAAAACAGGGCAAUGUGCUUGCCAGGAACAUGUCACAGGGCAACAUUGCAGAGCUUGUGCUACAAAUUUUACAGCAAAUUAUACAAAUUCUGGAGAACUUUUCAAUUGCCUUAAACCAUGCCAGAAGGGUUUCAAAAAAGCAGCAAGAAAUGAAUGUGUCAAAGAAAACUCCACAAUUUCAAUGUCUUCCACAAAUGUAUUGAUUUCCAGCUCUUAUGAUAUACCAAUACCACCAACAGAUAAAAUGUUGAAUUCCAGAAUAACAAGUACAACAGUGUUAACCAUUAUGUCAACUAGCAUACAAUCAACCUGGAAGAUACCAUCAACUUAUCUUGUUCCAGCUCUUAAUUCAUCACCACUAACCACACCUUUACCAUCAAACACCAGAUCAUUAGCCACCAAAAAAUUGACAAAUUUGCAAAUACUAUCAUCAACAGCUAAGACUUCAUCACUAUCAUUAAUUCCUUCACUGUCAUCAUCAUCAACAUUAUCACCAUCAGUGUUAUCAUCAGCAUCAAUACCAUCCUCACCAGCAGUGAAUCCACCACUAGUUACAACCAAAACUCCCAGAACAAGAACAGACAAAGUCCCAACCACUGGUCAUGAACCUACCAAACCAAGAACACAAACAGACAUAUCAUCAAGUGAAAAACCAACAACUCAAGUACACCAUACAAAAAUGCCUGCUAAAGACGAUGGUCCGGACGUUGUGGUGAUAGUCCUUACCUGUGUUGGUGUGAUUGUAAUCCUCGCUGUGGCAAUUGCAGUCGGAUGCUGGUGUCUACGUUCAAAACGGAAGCCAUCUACCCCAUUUUGGACUGUAGAGUUAUCUAACACAAGAAACAACGAAGAAUCAGACUUUGCAUUGUUAGAUCCGGUGACAGAUGAACCACAUAAGAAGCCUAACGACACAAACGAAGCUGAUGCUACCAUCACUGAACAUGCAAGAUAUUAUGCUUACAUUUAGGGCGAAGAACAAUGUCCGAGUAUC